UGUAAACACAAUAGAAUGCUGCUCUUCUGGAAGGAGAGAUGAAAUAUUGCAGUUUGCUGAAAUUUGGAUGGAACCAAAAACUACAAUGGAGUAUAAUCUGUGCUCACUGGUGGUGGAACCAUUUCAUCCUGACUUGAUCAUCAAUGUGGGUGAGGUAACUCUUGGUGAACAUAACAGAAAAAAGCUGGAAAAAACUCAGAGAGAUCAAGAGAAGAAAAGAGUUCAACAGGCUGCCUGUGCCUUACUGAACUCGGGUGGAGGAGUGAUUCAGAUAACAAUGACAACCGAGGAGGUGCAUCAGGUGGAGUUGGGACUGGAUUUAGAAGGGGCUUUGAGAGAACUUAUUCAGUCUCCUGAUUUGCAGUCUUUCUUUGAGACUAAGCAACAGCGCAGAUUUUUUUACAUUUUUGUUAAAUCUUGGAGCAGUGGCCCUUCCUCUGGAGACAAUUCUCCCAAACCCCGGAUUUGCAGCCUGAGUUCUAACUUAUACUAUAGAUCAGGCACCUCUGUACUCUGCAUGACAUCGAACUUUGCAUUUGAUACCCUUAAAAAAAAGAAAAUGGCUGCAGAAGGUAUUAUGAUGAAUCAGAGUUUCCCAUCUAAGAAAAAACCCCAAGAUGAGGAUCCUCAUCCUGAAUCACAUUCUCCUAACCAAGUUUUUCAAACUGACAGAUUUGAAUAUGGUGAUAUCCUGCCUUUUCCUGAGUCUCAAUAUGUAGAGUUUAAGCAAUUUUCUACAAGCAACAUCACAAGAUAUUUAAAAAACAUAAUUCCAGAAUACAUAUCUGCAUUUGCAAAUGCGAAAGGAGGUUAUCUUUUUAUUGGAGUGGACGAUAAAAGUAAAGUCUUGGGAUGUGAGAAAGACAAUGUUGACUGUAAUACUUUAGAAAGAAUAAUCACAGAAUCAAUUUCCAAGUUACCUGUUGUUCAUUUUUGCUCUACCCAACCAUUGGUGGAUUAUGAGACCAGAAUUGCUAAGGUGUUUCACAAGGAAACAUUGCAUGGUUAUCUCUGUAUGAUCCAAGUGAAGCCAUUCUGUUGUGCAGUGUUCUCUCAAGACCCCAGUUCAUGGAUGGUGAAGGGCAACGGUUUCUGCAGUUUGACACCUUCGGAAUGGGUAGACAUGAUGAUGGACACAAAUCCAGAGUUGUCUGAAGACUUUGAAUCUCAGUUGAAUAUCUCCCAAGGCCCUCCAAAUUGCAAACCAGUGUAUUCUAAGAAAGGCCUAGAACAUAAAAAGAAUCUCCAGCAACGAUUAUUUUCAGUGCAGCCAGAUUAUCUGCAGUAUACCCCGGAACCUCUCUGGAAGGAGCUGUGCUCAGAGCAUGAAGGACUGCAAGAACUAAUGAAUAAUCAGAUAUUUCCUUUGUCCCAGGGAGUUUUGAUCCUUUCUAGGAGCUGGGCUGUGGAUUUAAAGUUACAAGAGAAACAGGGAGUCCUCUGUGAUGCCCUUCUGAUAGCGCAGAACAGCCCCCCAAUUCUCUACACCAUUCUUGGGGAACAAGUGGCAGAUGGGUGGUCCUACUGCACACAGACUGCCUUUACUUUGAAGCAGAAGCUGGUGAACAUGGGGGGCUAUACUGGAAAGCUGUUUGUCAUGCCCAAGCUCCUCCUCCUGCAUCCUGAAAGCAAUGCCCAGUCCUUGCGGGUUUUGAGUUCUGUAAUCAACUAUCCCAAGUCCUAUAACCUUGAAGACAUCCAGCAAAUGGAAGCACUAUUACAGUCCCUUGUGGUUGUCUUGCUUAGCUUCAGGUCUUUCUUGAGUGACCAGCUCGGCUGUGAAUUUUUAAAUCUACUUACAGUCGAACAGUAUGAGGUGCUCUCCAAAAAUCUCCGCAAGCACAGAGAAUUGUUUAUUCAUGGCUUACCUGGCACAGGGAAGACAAUUAUAGCCUUGAACAUCAUUGAGAAGAUCAGGAAUGUGUUUCGCUGUGAACCAAAGAAUAUUCUCUAUGUUUGUGAGAACAAGCCUCUGAGAAACUUUGUCGGUAAAAAAGGGAUCUGCCGUGCAGAGACCCGGAAAACAUUCAUGGCAGAUAACUAUAAAGAUAUUCAACACAUCAUUAUGGAUGAAGCUCAGAAUUUCCGAGAUGAAGAUGGAGACUGGUUCGAAAAAGCAAAAGCCAUCACUCAGAGCGAAAAGGACAGUCCAGGAAUUCUUUGGAUCUUUCUAGACUACUUUCAAACUAGUCAUACCAUGCAGAGUGGUCUCCCUUGUCUUUCAGCCCAGAAUUCAAGAGAAGAACUCACAAAAGUGGUCCGCAAUUCAGAUGAAAUUGCCAAGUUGCUACAAGGUGAAUUAGACAGGGUCAAGAGAUAUCCUCCAAACAACAUCCCCCCUGGAUCCUUGGACAUGCUACUUAAAGCUAACUGGUGUUCAGGUGUGAAAGGAACACUAAGGACUGAAAACAACUUGAGUUGGCAGCAAACAGUGAGCUAUGUCGAAGAAAGGUGCAAGACUCUCUUUAAAAGAGGCUAUUCUCCCAAGGAUGUUGCUGUGCUUCUCAAUACCUCAGAAGAUGCUGAGUCUUACAGGAAGAGUCUCUUGAGAGCACUGAGGAAGAUAAACGUGGUGCAGGUUAGUGAUGCCUCUGACCUGCAGAGUGAUCACAUUGUGUUGGACAGUGUCAGGCGAUUCUCAGGCCUGGAGAGGCCCAUCGUAUUUGGAAUCCUACCAGAGAAAACCACCAUCUUAGGAAACCUUCUAGUUUGUCUGAUAUCCAGGGCAAAUAAACAGCUAUAUAUCCUGUGGUACCUGAAAUUUUAAUUCAGGAAUUCUGCUUUAAGAAGCCCCUCCCAUAAUCUUGGAGCUUCCCUGAUUUCCUUUCCUUUCCUUUCCAUUUCCCUAAAUAAGCUUUUUAUUGAAUUAGGGGAAGGAAGAGAGAAGAAUUCCAAACCUAAAUGGGAUGAGGCCAUUGUUAUCUAGAUGAUAAUAGGUUAUUGCUCCAAAUCCUGUCCCCUGUUCUUCCAGCCAGAAUGAUGGUGAUUCUCAAUAGAGCGUCAGCCAUCCCACAUAGCAAAGACUUUGGCCCAUCCUCCGUUCUAAGAACUAAAAGCAGGAUACAUCCCAAGCUUCCAUCUCUUAAGUGUAGAUUUCAUGAAGUUUUCAUUUUUCAAAUGUGGCCAGGUUAAACUUGUUUAAAUAUUUUUGUAGUUAUCUGCAGAAGGUUUGUCUGGUAUGGGGCUAACUUGACUAUCCAUACCAGAAACAAAACUUUUUUGAGGAUUUUUUAAAAUUUCCACUUGCUCUGCUGAUUCAGGACUGGAAGAUUCUUAAGACAACUCAGCUGCUGACAAGAUUGGCCUUAUUCAUUUUGGUAGAACAGAAAGCACUGAUAAAAUUUUCCUAAUAAUUAAAGAGAUAGGCUAAAGGCUAAGUAUUGGGGCCAAAGUGAUAGCACAGUGGGUAGGGCGUUUGCCUUGCACGCAGCCGACCCGGGUUUGAUCCCCGGCAUCCCAUACGGUCCCCUGAGCACUGCCAGGAAUAAUUCCUGAGUGCAAAGCUAGGAGUAACCCCUGAGCAUUGCUGGGUGUGACCCAAAAAGGAAAAAACAAUAAAUAAAGGCUAAGUAUCUUGCUCGAUACCACAGUUGACUCCAAUCAAUCCCUGGCAUUAUACAAUCCCCUGAGAACUGCAGGGAGUAGCCUCUAAGGCCAGAGGAGUAAAUCCUGAGCACCAUUUGGUGUGGCUCAAGGAUCAAAAUGAGGACUCACACGAAUCUCGGAACUGUGAGUAGCUCACUGCAGAGAUGCCUCUGGCCUUUGAAAUAGGCCACUUUCGCUGGGUCACUCCAGAUGGGAGCAGGUGCUAUCCCACCACCUGCCCCCUAGAAAUCCCAGCAGCCACCACCUUCUAGAACUCAACGAAAGGUCCAGGUAUGCAGGAGCAGUGGCAGCAAAUGUCAGACCUCAAGGGACAGGGGAGGAUCCGGUCCCUCUCCUUCCCCCCGCCCUAAUGAAACUCUGAGAUGACAACAAACUGCCCCGGCUACGUAUUAAGCUCCUACAUGGCCAUGAUCCAGACACACACACACACACACACACACACACACACACACACACACACACGAAUCUUGGAACUGAGCAGCUCGCUGCAGAGAUCUCUCCAGGCCCGAAUUAUUAAAAUUUUAGAAUUCCUAGAGCACACAGCCACUCUUGAGGCUGCGCAACAUUAUAUUCUAUCCAUAACAAGCAAUUCAAAACAAAUUGUCUAGCAUUGCCUUUUCGGCAGGUUUGAGUGGUGAUCGGACUGGUGUUGAAGUAUCGAAUGUAACCAAAGUAGAGAGAGAGUAUUGUGGAAAUUGUCUGUCACACAGUGUGGCAGGGAAAUGGUUGGAAUGAGGGGAAUACUGGGGAUUUUGGUGGUGGAAAAUGUGCAUUGGUGAAGGGAUGGGUGUUUGAUGAUUGUAUGACUGAAGCACAAACAUGAAAGCCUUGUAACUAUCUCAUAGUGAAUCAACAAAAAAGGAAAAAAAUCAAAAUGACGAU